GGGUUUGUGAAAGUUGUCAAGAAUAAGGCCUACUUCAAGAGAUACCAAGUGAAAUUCAGGAGAAGGAGAGAGGGAAAAACUGAUUAUUAUGCUCGUAAACGUUUGGUAAUUCAGGAUAAAAACAAGUACAACACCCCUAAAUACAGGAUGAUUGUACGUGUUACCAACAGAGACAUCAUUUGCCAGAUUGCCUAUGCCAGAAUCGAAGGUGACAUGAUUGUCUGUGCUGCUUAUGCCCAUGAGUUGCCCAAAUACGGUGUGAAGGUUGGUCUGACCAAUUAUGCGGCAGCCUACUGCACAGGUCUACUGCUGGCACGCAGGCUUCUGAAUAAAUUUGGCCUUGAUAAGAUCUAUGAAGGCCAAGUUGAAGUGACUGGUGAUGAAUACAACGUGGAAAGCGUGGAUGGAAAGCCUGGAGCUUUCACAUGCUACCUGGAUGCAGGUCUUGCCAGAACAACCACUGGAAACAAAGUCUUUGGUGCUCUGAAGGGCGCAGUGGAUGGUGGUCUGUCCAUCCCUCACAGCACCAAACGCUUCCCUGGUUAUGACUCGGAGAGCAAAGAAUUCAAUGCAGAGGUUCACCGCAAGCAUAUCAUGGGCCAAAAUGUUGCAGAUUAUAUGCGUUACCUGAUGGAGGAGGAUGAAGAUGCUUACAAAAAACAAUUCUCCCAGUACAUAAAGAACAAUGUAACACCUGAUGGGAUGGAAGAAAUGUAUAAAAAAGCCCAUGCUGCUAUACGGGAUAAUCCAGUCCAUGAAAAGAAACCGAAGAGAGAAGUCAAGAAAAAGAGAUGGAACUGUCCCAAGAUGUCCCUCGCCCAGAAGAAAGAUCGUGUUGCUCAGAAGAAGGCGAGCUUUCUCAGGGCCCAGGAGCGUGCAGCUGAUAGUUAAGACAACUUCCACAAUUUUCUAUGAAGCUUUGGAAAAAGUGGCAAUAAAUUUAUUGAGUAA